GUUUAUUAAGGGGUGUGGCUAGUAAUGGCUACCCACCAAGAGGCAGCAGUCAAGUCUUUCUUUGUUUACUGUCCCGAGCUGAGCACUAAAGAAGGGACUGAGCAUCUCAAGGUCUUGUUCUACUUCCCUGAUACAGCCCAACUGAACAGGAAGAUUAGGAACAUUGGGCUUUGUGAGGCUCUCGUCAACUUUUGCAAAACCUUCUCCCCAGACAAGCCGUGCGAGACUGUCCACACUCAGAAAACUAAACAAGCUUUCCUGGAGCCAGAGCCAGGGAUAUGGAUGACACUAACAGUUACCAUUCCGUGCUCUGAAACCAUUCAUAAUUCGGAAAGAGUUCUGGAAUAUCAUGAACACCUCAUACAAGAUUCAGUAGUUCAAGCUGCUCUGCAGAGAUCAUAUAACAUGUUUAAGCUGUUCAAUGGCACGAUGAGAGGGAUAGAAGCCACUCAAUCAGUUGAAGGCCUCAAGAAGAGACUGGAUGUAUUCUAUAGCAGAUACUGGAAGAAUAUCGAUAUAGCCCGUCACAAUAUAUUCUCAGUUCUUCAAGGUAUACCUUUCCUGCCAUUGGACAAGUACAUGUACCUCAAGGUUCACUGUUUUGUUAAUCUUGUUGAGACUACGUUCAGACAAAUCAAGAGGACAGUUUUUGUAUGCGGAGAUCAGCUAGUGUGGAGUGGCUUAGAACAGGAAGAUACCAGAAUAUUUUAUCAGUACCUUUACGACUCAUGGCUAAGACACAACCCUAACCCUGAGGCUAGUGGCAUACCUAGUGUACCUGCUGGUCCAAACACUGGAAGUUUUAUUUUGGAAGAUGAAACAGGUGGCAAGAAGAACACAUGGGUAUAUGUCAUGAUCAAUCAAAUGUUAACUCCUUCCAGACUCUUUGUUUAUGCUGUUGGUCCAUGUGUUUUAUGCAUGUUUGUUCAAACUGAUGAUUCUCCUGGUGAUGACUUUAUAAAGAGGAUCAGUGUGUUCCUUGGCCCUAGACUGAUGCACCUCACGACCGAGAUAAGAGACUUUGUAUCCAGGAAUAGAUCACAGAGUGUAGAGAAGCAGCCCUAUCGUAUGGUCUACUUCAAUGAGAUGAACCUGGCCAUUAAGAGUCCAUUGCUCUCAAGGUACAACAGCUACCUCUCAAUAACUCAAGACAUGAUGUGCCUCCUCACUCAACUCAAUGCAGAAUAUGACAAGCUAAAUGAGGGAGAGACAGUGAUUCGGACCAUUGCUGACUAUUGGAUUGUAGCUAGAAAGAACGGUCAUAGACGAUUCUUUGUCCUUUUCACUCAGAAAGAUGUCAAUUUUGCUGAAGUUAAUGAGGAAGUUCGGAAAAUAUGCCAGAAAGAAUUCAGUAAUAUUUAUUUCUUUGACUGACGUUUUUAUAUCAUUCAGUGUGUAAUACUUUUAUAAGUGGCUGGCCUACAUUCAUUGAGCGGAUUAUGUGUGGAAUUAUCUUAUAAAUUAAUAAUAAUGUCCUAUAGUCCUCUA